AGUUUUAUGGUAGGAUUAGAUAUUAUAAACAAUGCAAGAAUAAUUGAUUUUCAAUUACUUUUUUCUCAAAAAUUACGGUUUUCCGCAUGUUGUAUCUUUGUGUGUGUCCUUAUAAUAUUGUAACUUUUCUGUAAAAAUACGUAUCAACCCCCAACUCGACGGGAGUCAAUGGAAAGCUAAGCCCAUAUGUUUGUUUAGAUUAAAAUAAAGUAUUUUAUAUUAAAUUCUUAUAUUUAAUUUAUUUUAAUAUGUUAUGUUAUUUUAUAUUAUGUCUUCGCGCAUACGCGACUGUUCUAUGUCCCGCGCAUGCGCGAAGACAGAGUAGCGCACAAUUUUUGUUUGGAAUAGCUUCUCUAGUACGCAGUACAUAUAACUCAAUGAUAUAGCCUAAAUGUGUACAUUUCUUUUAUUUACUUAUAAGUGGAGCUAUGCGAAAAGAGAGGCACCGGCGUAGGUUUUGAGGGCUAGGGCACUUUAAAAUUUUGGUGCAAUAAAAUACUCUUACAUGUUUUUCAAAGCUUCUAUUGGUUGGGUUUUGUACGAGAGAUUUUAAAUAUUAAUUUUUAAAUCUAAAUUAUAGUUCAGUUUCACUCGCAAACAGAGUUCUCUUUUCGCACGUAAAUGAUUUGAAAUACGAGCGUUUGUGAUACGCUACGUUUGACACCAAUGAUGCUACAACAUAUUUACCAGAAAGUUAGCUGCAAAUACGUAUCAAUAGUAUUUGCAGCCAACAUUCUGUCAAAUAUGUUUAUAUAUUUUCAAAUAGUAUUUAUGACAAAAAUGUAGUUAUACCCAAACUACAGUUUGCAGUUAGACUUAUGAAUGAAAUAAAAUAAAAAACUGUAAUAUUACAUACCUCGUUUUCCAAUUGUUCAGUACUGUCACAUUCAUAUUUCUCGCUCAGAAAACUUUCCAUACACGGAUAAGCGAACCAAGUAGUAUGAUAAUUCCCUGGUGAUUUCUUCUUUUUAUUCCAGUGCAUUCUAAAAGACGUCAUUAGAGAUUCUUUCUUUUUUUUUAGAUCUUGCACUGAACAAUGAAUACUUAAUGACGUUUGAAUUCUAGUCCAUGCUUCACUGAUUUCUCUUCUAUUUCUAUGUAAUGGAUUUUUAGGAUCCCACAGAAUUUCCUCCUUUCUGUACAGAUCCAGAAAUUCUAAAACUACUUCAUUUGUCCACGACAUUACGAAUUUUCUUUGGAAAUGCUUACGUUUUAUACCAAUACGUCUGAAGAAAACUCCAAAUAGAGAAAGACUGGGCUGGCAGCCAAUCAGAUACACUUAUGUAUCCAAUGUUUGUUUAUGAAUAUAUCGGCCUCGUUCCACAAAUUACGCGAUCGAUGUUCGCCAUUGGCGUUGGCGACUUGGCGACCAACCAAAAAUGUUGGUUUGUUAUGUCGACAUAGAUAGUCAUAUAGUCAUAGUAGGUGUAGAAUAAUCUCAAUAACAAAUAUUUGUGAUUAAUGACAUAGAGUAAAUGAAUAAGAAAAAGAAUUAUUUUCAUUUUGGCUUGUUGAUUUAUGACAGGUGAGGUGACAAAUAUGAUCUAAGUUGCAAAGUGCGUUCACGGUCACUCAUUUCACAAAUUAUUACAUAGGAAGUUUUCGAUUCCUAGCUGAGUUCUUGGCCUAUUUUAGCAAUUUUUUGUAAUUUAUUCAGUACAUCCUGUCUUUGUUUAGUACGUACUUAUUGUUCUUGCAUUUUGCUGUUGUUAUAUAUUAAAGUUAUUCUUUAUAGUAGCACGUAAUUAAGAUAUAGUUGCAUAUAAGUGCAUUUAACUGUGUUAAUGUGUUAUUUUUACGCAGUUGAGUCAUACCCAAGAAAUAUAAUAUUUCGCUCUUGCUCAUAAGUACCGUCAGUCUUUAACUUUAUGACGUUCAAAGUUCGAACAAUUACUAGUUUCGUUCAAAGUCCAAUCUGUACAAACUAGUGGGUAUAUAAUUAUAAAAGGCCGUGGCAUCACUUCAUCGCUUGCUAUCUUCUACGUAGUUUGUCAGUGACGAUAAGCAAUCCGUUUCUUUCCAUUUAACUUCAGUCAUCCGCCAGUGCUGCACGGAAUUUAAUAGAUGGCAGCUGAAGUAGGAACAUCACCAUCAACAAUGGCUCAGUUGCAGUCUGUGCAGAAAGCCAUGGCAAUGCCAACAGUUGAAGCUGCAGUGGGGCAAGUGAAUGCAUUCUAUAACAGAGUUAAGGGUGCUCACUCGCUGUUAGAAUGGGCCCUGUCAACGGCGGAAGCCAGCGUAUCCUUCGCGGCGGCAACAGCAGCGCACUAUGUGGCUUCGCCACUGGCGGCCGGCGACGCCAAGAUGGCCGCUGCGAUAGACGAGCUCGGUCGCAGAGUACCGCUUGUUAAUGAACAGCCCAAGGUCAUCGUGGAGACUACAAAACAGGCCGUGCUGUCGAGAUUGUCGCCACAUGUUAAUAAGGUGUAUGUCGCACGUGCGGCGGCGGGACAGCGCGUGCAAUCGCUUAAGGACCUCUCUUGGGCAAAGGCCAACGCUCUGCUCUCCACCGCCUACGGACAAAAGGCACUACACGGUGUCGACAUGGGCGCUACCUACGCCAUGAAGUUUUUGGAUCAAUAUUUACCACCUGUAGAACCUCAAGAGCAAAAUGGUGAAAUAGUUCCAGCGAGCAACGACCCAGCGCUGCACACUGUGCAGACCGUGGGCAGACUGAGCGCAGUGGCAGCUCGCCGGGUCUGGGCAAACCUUGCAUCCAAGAUAAAUGAACUAAGGAAGUCUGGUAUUGAAUUAGAUGUACGACGAUACAUCACAGCAUUGUUAGCGGCAGUCCACCUUGCUAAGGUGACCAAUGAACAGCAGGAACAAGAAAACGCGCCAAAGCAACCCAACCCCGCCGAACCAGCAACUAACGCUAAUCAAGCCCCAGCUGGAACACCACAAUCAUCUCCGACAACUGCUGACAAAGUGAAGUCCACACCCGAAGGGAAAUCCAACAAACCUGAGGACUCCAAUCCACAAUAAUGUCUAUAAUUUUAUUUGUAUUUAUAAGUUAGUAUUAUAUAAGUAAUCUUGUCCACCACAAUGAAGACACUUGAUUGUAUCUACGUUGUUUUGGUGAUUUAAUUAUUAUUGUAUGUAAGGGAACAAAUUUUGUACUGAAUUUCUAUUUUCAAAGACUGAGCUGGUCUUUUAUAUUCAAUGUAAUUAAAUAAAGUAUUUUAUAUGGCAACAUUUAAAAGAAGAUAUUUUGUAUUGUCAUGAAUUUUCAUUAAUUAUAUUUAUACUUUUUACUA